AUGGCUGUGAAUGAUGGUGUCACUUUUGUUGGGUUGACAAACAUAUAUAUUGUAAACGAAGUUGAAUUAAAUUCAACUUUUCCCUAUAUAAAUAAGAACUGGUUUAGACAUUACAGUGUAUUCCCGAGAAAUAAAAUGGAGUGUUUUGUUAUGCCCAACUGUUUUGUAAGACAAGAUCUGCAGGUCCUGUAUCUGCCAAUACCAACUAAAGUUAAUAAUACCCAGGUUGUUAUUCAAACUAAGGAUAAUCUACAUAAAGAAAAACACAGACAUAAUAAUAUAAUUACAUAUCCUAGAGACUUUAAGUUCCCUGAGAAACGACACCAACACCAUAUCACCAAAGAUUUGAGGACUAGGCUAUGUGUACAUAGAGAGAAAGUGACUGACAUAAUGAUGGAUGUACAUGGUCAAGUGGUCACUGGUGAAUAUUUGUGGUCAUUUUCAGGUUUGGGAGUAUUAUUGGUAAUAGUGGUAGGAGUUGGAUGGAAAUGUACUCCAAGAGGUCACGAACCAUUACAUGCCUUAUUUGGUGUAGGUGAUUUUCAACGACGAAGGGACCAAAGACGUCAUAGGACUCAUAGAAGCAGGGACAACAAUUGGUAUGGAGGGGUUUUAUAUCCAGAAUUUCAGUACAGACGUCCACCACCUACUUAUGCGGCUUCCAUGCAGGAUUAUCAACAACAACUAUAUUUAGCUCAACAACAAGAACAGUAUCUACAAAAUAACCCUAGUAACAAUGAAAGUUAUAGUCUUCCAAGUUCCCCACCCCCAUCAUAUCGCUCACGUGCCAGUACUAUUCAUUCCGGUAUUCAUAUAACAUUCCCACCUAAUCAAGAAGACUUUCCAGAUUCACGUCCACCAACUUAUCGCUCACGUCGUGGAUCAUCCCAUCCUCGUCCACCUAUUCCACGUGAAGAGUUUGAAUCAAUGGACGCAGGCCCCGCAGAUGUUUCAUUUGCUGGACCAGAUAAUAGUGCUCAAAGAACUGUAGUCGAAUCAACGCAUAACAUAUCAAAUAACAGUGAAUCUAGGACAACGGUUCCACAGACAAACAUUCCUGAUAGUACCGUUACUGUGAAUGGUAGAGUGAUAGAACCAUCAGUAGACAAUAGUUCACCCAGGUCACAAAGUGAAAGUGUUGCUGUUGCUUCUAGUGCAUCAACUAGUGCAGGUGGAGCUAACAGUGUCACCACCACUGCUCAAUCAACAUCAGCUCAAUCAAAUAAUGACUCAUUAAAUAAUGAUAAUGAAGAUAGAGUGGAAACUUCCCUAUAA